UCAUUGCAGACACCUUCAAUGUAUCUUCAGAUGCUCUCACCCACGCACCUUCUGACAUACUGGUACAUGUACACAAGAAACGAAUUUUUGCCGUACAAUAAAGUCCCAGAUAACUUUUAAUAGCCUGGUUAAAGAGCAACAAGUGGAGGCACAGCCUAAGUGACAGUAAUUGUUGCUACAAUUGACGUAAAGAGCAAUGAAAUGUUUUCUAGGACCAACAUGAUGAAAUGUUGAGUGGGCUCUUGAUGUUGGCCAACAAACAGACGAACCACCAACGUUUCAUCUUUUGUUUUAAUUUACUAACUUCUCUUGCUGAGUCUGGGGUUGUACCAUAUAAGUUACUAUUCGAAACACUGAUUCAUGAUCUUGAUUUCAACUCAUCGCAGUCAUGGAUGGAAUCAUUUUCUGGACUAUCAAAUCACAUUCAGAAAGUCGACUAUAAAGUUGGUUGUCGUGAACUUCUUAUUCUUGUUCUUAUCAAGUUAUGUGAAUGUCCUCGGGCAAUUCCAGCUGACAAGUUGAGCCUGGUGCUUGCUGCAAAAAAUUUUGUGGGAAAGUUAUUGGAUAGAAAAUCGGGUCUUCUGCCUGGAUAUAUUGCAUACAGUGCGAUUGCGAAGCACUUUCCAGAAGGGUCGUCGACUCACUGGGCUUUUGAGGAAAUGUGGCAACAGUUUACAAAUACAUUUAUUGCACUGUCUGAUCUCAUCUCAGUAAAAGGUCGCUCAGAUUUAUCACCAGUGGUUGGCUUCUCUAGCUCAUCAGGAAAUGUUUGGAAGCUUGACUCAACCAAUCUGAAGUUUAGGAGAAAUCACGUCUUACCCUUCAGCGAGGAACAGAAUGAAGCUCAAACGAAACUUCUGAAAGCAGUUGUAUCUCAGCCUUGUUCGAAGGACACUGUCACUGCAAUGCUAUCAUUGAACAGACAGCAUCGUCAGCGUUGUCUUCCUUUGGAAGAGGUGCUGGUUGAUCUGCUUGUGAUGACAAUCAAUAAAUCAGAAAGCAGUGAUGAAACAGCAGAUAGCAAAAUCAUCUGGGAUCAUCUGAGUAGCCAACUGGUCUUCUUUGUUCUUUCUCAGUUUGCUCGCUUUGCUGGCUUGGUUGGACUUCUUUAUGAUAAGCUGUGUGCUCAGACAAAGCCAAUUGUUAAGAGUCGAGAGAGGUUGAUGUGGGUUCUACUUCAGUUGUUCUCACCUGCAAUUCAGACCCUUCAGUUGAGUGAUCUUGCUCCUUUGUUCGCAAUCUUCAAGAGACUUUAUCCUGAGCAAGAGACUUGUCCACUGCCUGAACUAGGCACACCGCAGACGUCAACUGCAAUGGCAGCAGCUGCAGUGUGGAUGCACAUGUCAACUAUGCUGUCAAGAGAGAAUGCAGGCUUGAUUAGACAACCACCACCAUAUCUGCGUCUGCAUCUAGACUAUCUGUCACAAGAUAAGCAGACGCUAUUGUCUCAUGCUCGAGAACCACUUCAAAUUGCUUGUCUCUGCAAUGCAUUUAUUAGUGUUCAAGAGACUGUAACUCAACUUAUGUCAUCAUUGGUUGAACGUUGGUCAGGAGGCUCAUCGCCGCUUGCCAAUAUGGUCGCCAUGCCUGGGGCUUGUAACCUUAUGGCAGUCGGCAUUACAGAGCCCUGUCCAUUAGAAGUACUCGACAGUCUCACCACAUAUGCAAAGAUGAGUUUAUGGAACAGUGUUUUAAAUCGUGUCCUGAAGCCUGUGUCAGGUCAUGGUCAUCUGUGUUUGUCUCCGGCUUUAGUUGAGACAUACAGUAGACUAAUGGUGUACAUGGAGAUGGAUUAUGGUCUUGCCUUGAAGACAUUUCUAGGUCAGGCAAUUCCAAGUGUUUGCAAGCAAAACAACAAGCCGACAGUCCACACUUUUCUUGAACUGCUCACUUAUCGACUUCAACGCCACAUACAGCCACACUAUCGCUUACAACUUCUCGGCAUUCUUUAUCAACUGAACAGUGGCAGCUUUGGGACAAAUUACCAACUCCAACUAAGCAUUGAGUCGACUGCUUUGAGGUUGCUGGUUGGAUUGGGAAGUACUGAUUUGCCGACUCAAAUGGCAAAAGUGACAGCUGAUGCACGUCUGCAAAACAUUGGUAUGAUGCUUUCUCCUGACUCAGAGGAGUUAAACAGAUUGUUUGUAUUGGUACUAGCUCGGUCAAUUCAUAUUGGAUGUCUUGAGAUUCCUCCUGGUGGUUGGGUGGACAAUGCAAUUCGUCAGGCAUACAAUAUGACACCUCAUUCAUGGCCACAGCAUGUUCUCAAUUGUAUGCCAGAGUCUGUACGUGUUGGCUAUAGAGAUUUUCCAGCACAGAGCAGCUUUCCUCGGCCAGAAGACAAACAGGCUUUACUAAACACAAUUGACGAAGAGUGGAGAAAGUGGACUUAGGUAGUUACUAAGUAUUUGAAUAUAACAAUUAUGAUUGCAUGUAGUUGUUGACAUUAAUUAGCUUUUGUUAAAUUAGAACCACUCGAAUGUCCUUAAUCCAGGUAGUACAGGACGAGCCACCGUUCGGAUCCCGGAAGUGUACGGAAGAUGGAAAUAUGUAACGGUAUCCUUGGAAUCCCAGACAAUUUUAUUGUGAAUGUCUGGUGCUACAGUUCAACAUACAGUAUGCGUACUCAGGUAGUUUAGAUUAGUUUACCGUAGACUCACAAAUUUGAAAGAUGUUCGAGGCGUGUCUC